CUGUCUGUGGCUCUGUGUGCUGCAAACAAACAUUUUAACAUGGACAACGUGGAGUUUGACAGACUUGACAUCAUCUUUUCAGUAACAUGUGCAGUUAAUGAACUGCUGUCAAACACCUGAGAAGACCACAGUCAAGCCCUCAGUCCACCUGUGACCUCCGCUUGAUCCGGACUCGGUAAAUUGCAGUUAUUUCAGUCUCGAUGGAGUUGCCAAAGGUGUCCAUGGACACCGUGCGUCCGUGCGUCCGUUCCUGUUUGACGGGUUUGACCACGGAGCAGUGGGGUUUGUUGGAGGCGGGGACACCUGAUGACGCCACCAGACUCCGGUUGGCCGACAUGCUCCUGAACGUGCUCCGCUGCGUCAUGGACGUCUUGUCGGACUAUUUGCGGAAAGGCGUCACGAUGGAGCGCGUGCGCAGCAGCCUGAGCGACUCCAUUACACGCUGCUUCGCCGAGGCAGUGGGCGUGGAGAUGGUCAAAGGUCCCGGCCCCGACACCAUGAUGGACUGGAUCGUGACGGAGGUCGUCAACCGUGCCAGCAGCGAGAAACCUGUUCAGCCUAAACCGACCAAUUCAGUGAUUCGCUCAGUCUGUCGAAUGUUGAAGAAGUUCGCAGGCAAGAUGUGCCGCUGCCACAAGAAACAGUCCCGACACAGCAGCGUCCAGACCUCGUCCUUCCAGGCCCAGGCAAAAAGGUUUAUAGACAGUGAGUCGUCAAUGACACAGUCUGUCCAGUCUGUCCUCAGCGUCAAGAUGAACGUGAUCAUCGAGCCAAUUGUGGAGGAUGUGGAAAACAUCGAGUACAACCAGCUGCAGGAGCAGUUUUCCCGGGAGACUCAAACUGCAGCAGAGGACAUCGCUCAGUCUUUCUCCGAGUACAUCAGCUCCAAAGAUGGCGGGUCUGUUCGCUCAAGUCCAAAGACCCAGCAGCAGAAGAAUUUGAAGGGAGUGCGGGCCAAGAUCUGCAACUUUUUUGCCAGAAUCUUCGCCAAAGCCUCCAUUUGUCGAAUCUUUUCACAAGUAAAGUCAAAGUUCCACGGCGAGGCCAAAGUCUCAGAUGGUGAGGAAGUCAAGUCACUGCUGGCCGACGUAGAACCUGUGCUGCAGACCCGUGAAGACGCACUCGAUCUCAUUCACAGACUUCAGAACCUGUCACGCGAUGACAUGCUGGAACUGACCGGAGACCUCAGUGAUCUCCUGUACAGCCACAUCACUGGAGAUUGUGUUCCAGAAUCAUUCAGAGAGGGUUUACCUGGCACAGCAGGGUCUGACCACCAUCCGUCCGCCCACAUUUACAACGACAUACGCAACAGAGUGGUCUGCUUCUUGUCUCUGACCAGCUGGUGGCUGGAGAACCAGGUUUCUCGCUACAGUGACAAGGUUCUGCUUGCGUUAAUGGAGAAUGAGACCACGGCACAGGUCCCACAGGUCACAGUGGGGGCAGAGCCACGGCAGGAGGAAGCGACGGGAGGAACCGCGCAGGACGAAACAGAACAGACCUCCAUCAAGCUCCUCAUCACAACGCUCAUCAAGAAGGUCAGGAAGUCCGUCCGAGGGGACAAGUCCUUCUUCACCGACGUUGAGGCCACUGUUCGACGCCUGGUGGACAAAACCUGUGCCGAACUCGAUGGAACAAACGUUAAAAUCACCCCGAGAAAUGCUGAGAGCCUCGUCAAGGCCAUCUUCAAGGACCUCCGUAAGAAGUGGGGUUCUGCUCUGGGAGUCUUGGUCUCCAUCGAAACCGGGGACAAGAAACUUCCACAGUGCAUCGCAGCCUCCUGUAAGACUCAUGCUCAGAAAGCACAGCCGCAUUAGCAGGUUCAUUUCCACUGAAAAAAGCUUCAGGAACAGCAGUGUCCUCAUCAACAGAACAGCGCCAUCUUCCGGAUGUUUUCAUAGCAGGAAAAAGACAAAAAUAGUUUGCAGUAAAAUAGUUAAUGUAUAGUUUUGUUGAGCAGAGUUAUUUUAAGGCAAUGUUUACACAAGCACACCGAUGCAAACCACACAGCGCCACCUUCAGGACUUUAAAGGUAAAGACGUCCCUCAUUUUCUCCUCUUACCUCAGACGACUGAAGCAGGUGGCCACAUCAUGUUUGUGUCUUCAUAUGUAAAGUGUGUCGAGAUACUGUGUGUGUGUGU